CUUCUCUCACUGCCAACUGCAAACUCCUGGGAUAACUCCCUGUCUGGUGUAUUAUCUUUGGGUAUAUUGACCCGCAAGACGCUACGAUACCAACAGUUUCUCGACUAUCAUAACAACUUAAAACGACCAUGCCGCCUUCGAAGUGGGACGAAGAGGAGGAGAGCACCUCUCCCCCGCCUGUGGUGGGAAGACGGAGAUUCGACGAUGAGGAGGAGGACGAGGUCCUCGACUCCUGGGACGCAGCCGAAGACUCCGAAGUCGAGCGCGAAAAGGCCAAAAAGGCCUCCGAAGCCAAAGCCAAGGCCGACGCCGAAGCCGCCGCCAAGAAGAAGAGCAAAGCCCAGCGCAUAGAAGAGCACAAGCAGGAGCGGCGCCAGCGCGCCGCCGACGCCUCGGACUCGGACGAGAGCUACGACGAGGACGAGACGGACCGCCGCGCCCGGCUGCGCGCCACCGAGCAGGACGCAGACCUCAAGCACGCGCAGGACCUGUUCGGCGAUAUCGACCUGAACCGUAUGCGUAAUCGCGGCUCGCCCAAGGCGGUUGUCGUUGCUGAUGCGGCGGAUCCGACCAACUCCGUGGAUUUGUCGGCGAUGCCGCUGUUUAAGCCGACCACGAAGGAUCAGUUUGCGAAGGUUACCGAGACGCUGAUUCCGCUGUUUUCGGCGCAGGCGAAGAAGCCGCAGUAUGCGAUCUGGGCGCUGGAGUUUGCGAAGCAGCUUGUGAAGGAGCUGCCGAGUACGGAGGUGAAGAAGAUUGCGAGUGCGCUGUCGACUAUGAGUAAUGAGAAGAUGAGGGAGGAGAGGGCUGCUGAUAAGGGGAAUAAGAAGAGUAAGGCGGCCAAGACGAAGGUUACGUUGAAUGCGAACCGGGACUCGCAUAUGGAUACUGCUAACUAUGGGGAUGAUGAUGGUGGGUUGGGGGAUGAUGAUUUUAUGUGAUUUCUUGCUAUUUAAUUCAGUUUUUUUCCCCCUUUUUUCACCCAUCUGCCCUUCUUCUUUCUUUCUUGCUGAUUUACUUGGUUUUGCUCGUUUAUUGCCCUUUAGAUAGUAUCACCCUUUGGUCAGUCCAACUGGCCGGACCACGAGGGUUGAUCAAUGCCUUUCCCUCCCUUCCCACACAUGUACACACCUGUCCAUUUAUUCCUCCCCCACCAGCCAGAUUAUACAGUUUAUCGGUAGUAGACCAUUGUUGAUAAAAAGCGCUUAACAUUGAUGUUGGACGAAC